AUGGGAAUGUAUUUGGACGGUCCGGGAGCCAAUAGAAACAAACUCCUUGGCAAUUGUAGAGCUGCUACGUCCUCCUUUGAGACAGGAAUCCGACACACACCCCACUUCCAAGAUCCGUUGUCACACCUUACUAGUACUACUAGUAGCCGCCAGCUCGAGCACCAGCGAUGCCACCAGCUUUCUGCCUUGAAGGCGGCGCUCCCUGCUGCGCUCUCCCCAGCGCUCACCAUGGCGCUCUGGCUUGUCGCCUUCAACGUCUCGUCGUGCCACGCGCAAGUGAUCAAUGCUUCUCAAGGGUUGUUUCUCAGCGACGUCAAGACGGGAUGGGGCAUGGGGUGGAAGGUGGGAGACAAAUGCAGCACAGUGGCAUCUAUCCUGUGCGACGCUUCAGGCAUGAUCACCUCGAUGUGA